AUGGGGAGGCCACCUUCUAGUGAUGAGAAUGGCCUCAAGAAGGGCCCCUGGACUACUGAAGAAGACGAGAAGCUCAUGAGCUACAUCCAGAAGCAUGGCCAUGGAAGCUGGAGAUCCCUACCUCAACUUGCUGGCCUGAACAGGUGUGGUAAGAGCUGCAGGCUAAGAUGGACCAACUACCUGAAGCCAGACAUCAAGAGAGGGAAGUUCUCCCAGGAGGAAGAGCAAACCAUCCUCCAGCUGCAUACCGUCCUUGGCAACAAGUGGUCGGCUAUUGCGAAGCAUCUCCCUGGACGGACAGACAACGAGAUCAAGAACUUCUGGAACACCCACCUCAGGAAGAAGCUCAUCAAGAUGGGCCUCGAUCCGAUGACCCACCGUCCGAGAACAGACUUCUUUGCUGCUCUCCCGCAGCUCAUUGCACUCGCCAACCUUCGGCAGUUCAUCAAUCAGCAACCAUGGGAUGACCACACCGCCGGGCUGCAAGCUCAGACAGCACAGGCUGCCAACCUCCAGUACGUGCAGUCACUGCUUCACUCUGCAGCCUCCAUUGCUGCCAGCCCCACUACCAGCAGCAGCCUCAACAGUCUCACCAUGGACCUGGAGCAGAUCAACUUCUUGAGCCCUCCGCAGAUGCUUUCUCCAAGUGUACUUGAGGGUAAUGGUGGCAUAGACUUAGCAGGGCAGGUGGCUCAGAACCAAAUGCCUAGCAUUACCUUUGAUCACACAAUUGGCAACAUCAACCCGGGUUCAGAUAACCAUGUUGAAACCAGUGGGCAGCACCGCAGUGAGGAAGAGAAUAACAGCAAGAAAAGGCAGUUUCUCUCUGAAAACUCCCUUCCACCUCUCACUGACAUGGCGGCUUCCAACAUUUGCAAUACCAUCAGCACCUCAAACUGCGACGGCGUUAGUAGUCCGUUUCCCAGUUGGUCAGAAAUCCUACUUGAUGAAGAGCUGCUGAGCGAGUUUGCAUGA